CACACAAGCUGGGUUAGUGGCGCGCUUUUAUUUUUAAAUAGAAACCGCUUCGUCCCGACCUAACUAACACCUAUCUGUUUAUGUGCCGUUGUUAACGUUCAGUUUUUAUUAUUGUACUUAAUUUGUGAAGAACUUUUCGAAAAUGGAUACUGUUGGAUAUUUAUUAUUGUUGAGCAGUUUCUCCAUUGUUUCAGUGUAUGGCAACCUAGUAAUAAAAGAAAUAAAAGGUCCAAAUUCAAUAGAGAAUGGAGCGGAGGAUGUGGCAAUCUUAGAUUGUGAUUUCGAAGCAUCAAACAAUGAAAAUAAUAUAGUGUUGAAAUGGUUCUACAACGGUGAUCUCGAACAAAUCUUCCAAUGGAUUCCACCCCGUCCGACGGUGUCCAGAAUUGGAAAAUUCAAAGACAACAUAGAUGCACAUUAUAACGUCACCAAUGACAAAAACACCAUGUACAGAGCUCUAAAGUUGGACAACAUACAACCUAACAUGUCUGGAAAUUACACUUGUAAAGUCAGUAGUGAUCAAAGCGAAGUCCAAAUGACAAAACAGCUUAUAAUCUAUGAACCUGCUAAAUCAGGAUUGGAAAUGGCAAUCUUUCCAAAUGACUCAACAGUUACAUGUACCGCAAAUGGAGUGUUUCCUAAGCCAGAAAUUAAUAUAUCUGUAAUAGGAAAUACAACCCUUAACGUGGAUGAAAAGGAAUUGAUAUCACAAGACGACGACACAUUUAAUAUUACAAAAGUGUUAAUAUAUGACAACUCCACAAUCAAGGAAAAUGUAAUGUUUGUGUGCAACAUGACAAUUCCUGGAACAGAAUAUUCAACCGCCAAAUAUCUGGAGCAUUCAAUAGAAGAAGAACCUGAAGAACAAAUCAAAGAAUCUGAUAUUGUAGAAGAUUUUUAUUACACUGAGAGUAUCACCCUCUUUAACGCAUCUGGGAACAACUCAAGUCAAGAUAAUUCAGCGGUACCCAAAUUACCAGGAUUCUCAACAGGAUUUGUUUUAUUAUUCGUAAGUUUAGUUUUCUUACUUGUAAAAUGAUAUAAAAAUUUGUUUAUUCUUAACCAAUUGCUUGUGAUACUACUACCAAAUGAACUGUACAAUAUGUAAAUUUGUAAUAUAAUAUGUAAUUAUGUAAUUUUAUUACCAAAGCAAAAAAUGUAAUUUAGGACGUUACACAUACGCUUUGAGUUACAUCUGUUAUUUAUUUUUUGUAAUAACUAGUCUUAUUGAUAAAUAUAUUUAUUUUAAGCUGA